AUGUUACGAGAGGCAUUGCGGAGCGUAAGUUCAGUGGAAAAGGGCACAAGAUCAACGCUGAGGACAUUGUACCCUUGGCAUUAUAGCUUAGCGACGAGGAGUUUAGCGAAUAACGUCGAGAGUCAGUCGACCAAACAGCCAAAUCAUACAAAUAAUGACAAGAUCAAGCCGUUCAGUGAGAUGCCGGGAAGAAGAAAUAAGUUCCUCAACUACCUCGACAUGUUCCGAAAAGGCGGUGUGUCGAAACUGACAGACUACGUGAUCUGGCGUAGUAAUACAAUCGGUCCAGUAUGGCGAGAAAACAUUGGUGUGUUGCAGGUAAUGAUCACUGACCCCGAGGCUGCAGCCAUUGUGUGGCGUGCUGAAGGUAAAUACCCACGACGUGCACCUUUCGAGCCGUGGCUUUUAUAUCGAAAACGAUGUGGCUAUGCACUGGGCGUAUUUCUGGCGGAAGGCGAGGACUGGCAUCGGCACAGGAGUGUAGUACAGAAACCUCUACUACGACCCAAAUCAGUUGCAUUGCACAACAACGCGCUGAAUGAAGUUGCUGAUGAUCUCAUUGCUAAGAUGAAGACUGGUCGUGAUGAGAAUAAUGUCAUGGCAACCAUGGAUGAUGAUUUAUUUCGCUGGGCAAUGGAAGGUGUGGGCACAGUAUUGUUUGAAAAACGUAUUGGACUGAUUGGAAAAGGAGUCAACGAGGAAGCCGAGAGGUUUAUCAGCGCUGUUCGCGAUUUUUUUGGAUAUUCAGAAAGGCUUAUUUUCUUUCCAUUAAAAUAUCAAGAGAAGUUUAACAUGUCUGCUUGGAAAGGGAUGGUGAAAGCAGCCAGAACACAAUUCGAGAUAACUGAACGGUUCAUGAAUGAGAAGUUAGAGGACAUGAAAAAAACUAGAAGUGAAGCCGCCACCACAGAUGUAGAGGAGAAGCAGUUUGUUAAGUAUAUGUAUUCAACGGGGAAACUAACAGACAAGGAGAUACUUGCAAAUUUGACAGAGAUGUUUGGUGCUGCAGUUGACACUGUAAGUUAUGUUACUUUUAUGUUAAUUUGA